CAAGAUGGCCGGAGAGGCAGCAGCAACCCGAGCUGUCAGGCGGCCCGCCGCGGCCCACGGGCUCGCUGCUGCGCUGGGAGCGGCGCCCGGCCGUCCCGGAGGGCUCCGGGGGAGCGAGGAGGCCGCCGCCGAAGCGAGGCGGCCGCGCGCGGAUGCGGGAGCCCGCGGCAGAGGUGCCCGGGAAGGCCGGGCCCGCGACGCCCGUGGCUCCGCUGCGGCAGCCGCGGGUGCUCGGCUGGGAGGCGGCCGGAGCCGUGGGCGGGAGGCUGCGGCGGGCGAGCAGUCCCGGAGACGCGGGGAAGAGUGAGCCGAAGGCGCUGGCGGCCGCGCUUCGACCUGGUAAUUUACCAGAUUAUAAUUAGUGUGGUUGCUGAUGAUUCUGAAUAAAUACAGCUUUUUUCCCCCCAGGUGUGCCAUUUUGAAGACGGAGACAAUAGAGAUUUAUCUUUAAGAAUAAAGGAGAGUCCCUGGGAAGUUCUAUAUUUUAUAUAGCAAAAAUGUGGAUUCCCAGAUGGAGUGAAAUAACAAUACCACAGACAUUGUUGAAGCAUUUACAUCCAGUCAGCUUGAAGAGUUUGAAAUGGACUACUGAGAAAUCAAGAUGGCAGCCCACUAUGGGGAAUUGAGGAAAAUGGAUUAAAGCCUGAAUGCUGUGAUGUUAUACAACCGACACAGGGUUCUUUUCAUGUGGAUUCCAUGAAAUGAACGAUUCUUACCCAACACAAAUGGACAGUGGGAUUUCCUUUCUAAAGACUUCUUACAUAUUAUGUACAUUUUAACAUCUGGAGAAGAUGUUACAUUUAUUCAAAUACUAGUUUGUAUUCCUGGAAUUUCUUACAAUUUUGAUCUGACUGACCUUAUGGAAUGUUAACUUCAAUAAAAUCUCUAAAACUUAAAGAUUUCUCAGUUUGGCCCUUUUUUAAAUUUUUUUUAAGUGGACGCUUUCAUUAAAUGUUCAUUUCUCUAUCAUUUUGACCUUUAUCGUUGCUUUUCAUUAAAGUAUAUUGAAUAAAGCUGGUAAAAUGGAAUGGUGUACUGAAGAAUAUUUUGUUUGGUUGGGAUUUUUUAUUUGCAAAGCUGUGUCAGUGUACCUGUGCUUAGUGGAAUGACCUUUUUGUUAAAAAGCAAUUUGGUUGGUGUUUUUUAUUACAGGGUUUAAGUGAAUGUCAUUAAAUUUGUUUGGGUCUUUUCAAAACAUCUUGCAUUUUAAUCAGUGGGUAAUAGGAACCUUAGAAGUAUUAUGAGAUUACAAUGAAUUUACAAAACAAAGUACUUGUUGCCUACAGAGACUGAGACCCAGUAUCUCAAUUCUUGUUGAUGGAAGUGACUCCGUUGACCUGUGUUUUUAAAGUAUUAUAAGUAAAACCUGGAAUGCUCAUCCUUAAUAUCUGAGUUACAGUGAUGUUUGUAUUGUCUAAUAUUAGAUGUGUAAUUUUUAGGACCUUUAGGGUAUACACCAAAGGGUUUAAUUUUUAAUAGUAUUGUAAUGUACAUAUGAAUAAUACCUUGUUUCCCUUCAAUCCAUUUGGUGGUUUAAAUGAACCACACUGUGCUUUAGAUUACCCCAUGGUUGGAAUCAAAUGCCAGGUUUUCAUUUGCUGAUCUUAGUUACUAACAGUUUUAGUAACUAAUAGAAAGGAAUGAUGGUGAACUUUUUUUCGUUGACCAUUGAUUGUUUUCUCAGUAUGGAGAACAAAGAACAAAAAAAAAAAUCCAUUGUUAAUACAAAGUAUCUUAGAAUAUACAUCUAUGGUUAAUACACAUGCAGUGUUAGUUGAUGUGAAGUAGUUGGUUGGUCUUUGCUUAAAUUGAAAAACGAGUUGGAUUUUGAUUGGAAUGUAAAAAUCGGUAGAUUUGAAACUUCAUUAUGGAUUUUACAUUUAUUUAGAUUUAAUAUAAGUGCUUUUGGUUGUAAAGAUCAAAUGAAUUACCGCCUUGAUGAGUGACAUGGAUUUGACCAGUUACAGGGCUCUGUAAAGGGGUGCUUUGAGUUUUUAUGGCACGCAUGUGGUUACUUGUCUGCAUGGAAAACAACACGUUGUUGCAUUUUUAAUUUGUUUCUAUAGACCUUUCCACCUUCAGGGAGUUCGUCUUUGAAAGUUUGAUUGGCUUUUAGAUGUGAUCUAUUGUAAGUGACCUGUCAUUGAUGAAAUAUGAGUAUACCUAGAAUUUGAUUUUAAAUAUGAGUGAGGUAUUGGUAUAUACUAGUUCUUUGGUUUUGGAGUUGAGGUUGAGUUUUUGAUUUAAAGGUGACCGUGGUUGGUGUAUAUUCUUGAUUUUGUAGUUAAUCAUUUUGCCCAAAUCAGUUAAAGUAAAUAUGUAACAAGUAUGAGAAUUUUUUGAUGUAUGGUGCAUCCAAGGUUAUAUCAUGGGUUAAAGAAUUUUGAUGAUUGUUGAGAGGGUUGUACUAAGUUUUGCUCUACUGCAACUGAACACUAGGGAGGCGCUCUUGAGUUGUAAAAAAUUACCCCUUCCAGUUGGGGUGGAAAAUUCCCCUUUAAACUUAGUCUUUAGAUGGUUUUUAGGGACAAUAAAGAAGGCGAGAGUUCAGCUUAAUUUAUGGUAUUGAUGUUGCUUCUAUUUGCAAUCCAUUUUACCCAUGGGGGUGUUAAUUUUUUAAAAGAUUAGUACUUAAGCUGAGCUUUAGAUUCUUAAAAAUUAUCCUUAUUUCAAAAUGGCUUGAUAAAACACCACUUCCUGUCCAGGGAGGAAGUUAUUUUAGCUCAAGGACUGAAAUAUUUAGCAGAUCUUUAGACAAAAGGAACAAAUUACAUUUCUCUCUGGCUUAAAAAGGGUGCUUGAGCCAGAGGGGGUUAAGAAGCCCUUCCCCCUCCCCCUUAUGAAGUGGUCUGGAGGGGCAGGGAGGUGUGGGGUUGGGGUCUUAAGGCUCCCUUGGAUGGAGGAUCUAGUUUUUUUUCUUUCUUUUUUUUUGGUGGAGAUGAAGGGGUGGGUCUAUGGUACAUCACCUGAGUUGUGGGGUAAAUGUAGAGAGUGUCAAUCAAAGGCAGAGCUCUCAGAGCUGGGAAGGAGGCUCUAGAUGGCGGCUGUGCCUUAGAGAGAGCGCGCUUUGCUCCCUGCUUCGCUUCACUUUACGCAACUUUCCCUAACUUUCGGGCACCCUCAGGGGGCCCCCGCAGCCCCCUGCCUCUUCUAGUGAGUUACCGGGGUCGAUCCGAACCUUUUUUUGGGAGAAAAGCAGCGUUUAGGAGCUUUUUUUUCGUGCCUUGUUGGAAGAAGCUGCCGUAUUGAGAGCCCAGGUCGUUGUUUUUUCCAGCUUAGAAGCCAUGGCGCACCUCCAUUUUUGUGCGCUCUCCUAAUGAGGCUUUUUUCCCCUUCCGGACCUGUUUUAGUAUUAAUUACUGCUUUAUUUUUGACAAGUCAACACAUUUGGAGACUAUUUAAUUUACUUUUUGUUUUUUAACGGAGGAUUUUGCGUUUUUUAAUUAUUUUGGCUCUGAUAUUUUUCUACUACUAGAUAGGACUCUUGCUUUGGACAUACUACAUGGAUCAGUAAAUACCUGGGCACAGGACUUCAAAGCAAACACUGAUUCCCCCUCCCCCUUAAUAUUUAAGAAUUAAAAGAUGAUGAGAAAUAAGGACAAAAGCCAAGAGGAGGACAGUUCGCUACACAGCAAUGCAUCGAGUCAUUCGGCCUCUGAAGAAGCUUCGGGUUCAGACUCUGGCAGUCAGUCGGAAAGUGAGCAGGGCAGCGAUCCCGGAAGUGGACAUGGCAGCGAGUCCAAUAGCAGUUCUGAAUCUUCUGAGAGUCAAUCGGAAUCGGAGAGUGAAUCAGCAGGUUCCAAAUCCCAGCCAGUCCUUCCAGAAGCCAAAGAGAAGCCUGCCUCUAAGAAGGAACGGAUAGCUGAUGUGAAGAAGAUGUGGGAAGAAUAUCCUGAUGUUUAUGGGGUUAGGAGAUCAAACCGAAGCAGACAAGAACCAUCACGAUUUAAUAUUAAGGAAGAGGCAAGUAGCGGGUCUGAGAGCGGGAGUCCAAAAAGAAGAGGCCAGAGGCAGCUGAAAAAACAAGAAAAAUGGAAGCAGGACCCCUCAGAAGAUGAACAUGAACAAGGCACCAGUGCAGAGAGUGAACAGGAACAAAAGAAAGGAAAAGCUAGGAGGCCUGUGCCCAGAAGAACAGUGCCUAAACCUCAGGUUAAAAAGCAGCCUAAGACUCAGCGUGGAAAGCGGAAAAAGCAAGAGUCUUCUGAUGACGAUGACGACGAUGAUGAAGCUCCCAAAAGGCAGACUCGACGACGAGCUGCUAAAAAUGUGAGUUACAAAGAAGAUGAUGACUUUGAAACUGAUUCAGAUGAUCUCAUUGAAAUGACUGGAGAAGGAAUUGAUGAACAGCAAGAUAAUAGUGAAACUAUUGAAAAGGUCUUAGAUUCAAGACUGGGAAAGAAAGGAGCUACGGGGGCAUCUACCACUGUGUAUGCUGUUGAAGCUAACGGAGAUCCUAGUGAGGCCUUUGAGCCCGAGAGGGAGGAAGGUGAGAUCCAGUACCUGAUCAAGUGGAAGGGCUGGUCUUACAUCCACAGCACGUGGGAGAGCGAAGAGUCCUUACAGCAGCAGAAGGUGAAGGGCCUGAAAAAACUGGAGAACUUUAAGAAGAAAGAGGACGAAAUCAAACAAUGGUUAGGGAAAGUUUCUCCAGAAGAUGUUGAAUAUUUCAAUUGCCAACAGGAGCUGGCCUCAGAGUUGAAUAAACAGUAUCAAAUAGUAGAAAGAGUAAUAGCUGUGAAGACAAGUAAAUCUACAUUGGGCCAAACAGAUUUUCCAGCUCAUAGUCGGAAGCCAGCGCCUUCAAAUGAGCCUGAAUAUCUCUGCAAAUGGAUGGGACUGCCUUACUCAGAGUGUAGCUGGGAAGAUGAAGCCUUGAUCGGAAAGAAAUUCCAGAAUUGUAUCGACAGCUUCCACAGCCGUAACAACUCCAAAACCAUUCCAACAAGAGAGUGCAAGGCACUAAAGCAAAGACCACGAUUUGUAGCUUUAAAGAAGCAGCCAGCAUACUUAGGAGGGGAGAAUCUGGAGCUCCGGGAUUAUCAGCUAGAGGGUCUCAACUGGCUUGCUCACUCCUGGUGCAAAAGUAACAGUGUAAUCCUUGCUGAUGAAAUGGGCCUAGGAAAGACCAUUCAGACCAUAUCAUUUCUCUCCUACCUGUUCCACCAGCACCAGCUCUAUGGACCCUUUCUUAUAGUCGUCCCCUUAUCCACCCUCACUUCAUGGCAGAGGGAGUUCGAAAUCUGGGCCCCAGAGAUUAACGUGGUGGUUUACAUAGGCGACCUGAUGAGCAGAAAUACGAUAAGGGAAUAUGAGUGGAUUCAUUCUCAAACCAAAAGGUUGAAGUUCAAUGCACUUAUAACAACAUAUGAGAUCCUCUUAAAAGAUAAGACUGUGCUGGGCAGUAUUAACUGGGCCUUCCUGGGAGUAGAUGAAGCCCAUCGGUUGAAGAAUGAUGACUCUUUAUUGUAUAAAACUCUGAUUGAUUUCAAGUCCAGCCAUAGGCUACUGAUCACGGGCACCCCUCUGCAGAAUUCCCUCAAGGAACUUUGGUCCUUGCUGCACUUUAUUAUGCCGGAGAAGUUUGAGUUCUGGGAAGAUUUUGAAGAAGACCAUGGAAAGGGGAGAGAGAAUGGCUAUCAGAGUCUUCAUAAGGUACUAGAGCCCUUCCUUCUUCGGAGAGUCAAAAAAGAUGUGGAGAAAUCACUUCCUGCCAAAGUGGAGCAGAUUCUCAGGGUGGAGAUGUCAGCCCUUCAGAAACAGUAUUAUAAGUGGAUCCUGACCAGGAAUUACAAGGCUCUUGCCAAAGGAACCAGGGGCAGCACAUCUGGCUUUCUUAAUAUUGUGAUGGAGCUGAAGAAAUGCUGCAACCACUGCUACCUGAUCAAAGCUCCAGAGGAGAACGAGAGGGAGAACGGCCAGGAGGUCCUCCAGUCCCUUAUCAGGAGCAGUGGGAAGCUGAUUCUGUUGGACAAACUGUUGACAAGACUCCGGGAAAGGGGAAACAGAGUCCUUAUCUUCUCUCAGAUGGUGAGGAUGUUGGAUAUUCUGGCCGAGUACCUGACUAUCAAACACUACCCUUUCCAGCGUCUGGAUGGUUCUAUCAAGGGAGAGAUCCGAAAACAGGCAUUGGAUCACUUCAAUGCAGACGGUUCUGAGGACUUCUGCUUCCUGCUCUCCACACGGGCUGGUGGCCUGGGAAUCAAUCUGGCUUCAGCGGACACAGUUGUCAUCUUCGACUCUGACUGGAACCCCCAGAACGACUUGCAGGCACAAGCCCGAGCGCAUAGGAUUGGCCAGAAGAAGCAGGUGAAUAUUUACCGCUUGGUUACAAAGGGGACUGUGGAAGAGGAGAUCAUAGAGCGGGCCAAAAAGAAGAUGGUGUUGGACCAUCUGGUGAUCCAGCGCAUGGACACCACUGGCAGGACAGUUCUCGAAAACAACUCAGGAAGAUCCAACUCUAACCCUUUUAAUAAAGAAGAGCUGACUGCAAUCUUGAAAUUUGGAGCAGAGGAUCUCUUCAAAGAAAUUGAAGGAGAGGAAUCAGAGCCUCAGGAAAUGGAUAUAGAUGAAAUUCUGCGCUUAGCUGAAACCAGAGAAAAUGAAGUGUCAACUAGUGCGACGGAUGAGCUUCUGUCACAGUUUAAGGUUGCCAACUUUGCAACAAUGGAGGAUGAAGAGGAGCUAGAAGAGCGUCCUCACAAGGACUGGGAUGAGAUCAUUCCAGAAGAGCAGAGGAAAAAAGUGGAGGAGGAGGAACGGCAGAAGGAGCUAGAAGAAAUUUAUAUGCUGCCACGGAUUCGUAGUUCCACCAAAAAGGCUCAGACAAAUGACAGUGAUUCUGACACAGAGUCUAAGAGGCAGGCCCAGAGAUCCUCUGCUUCUGAGAGUGAGACGGACGACUCUGAUGACGAUAAGAAGCCAAAGCGCAGAGGGCGCCCCCGCAGUGUGCGCAAAGACCUGGUGGAGGGCUUUACGGAUGCAGAGAUCCGGAGGUUCAUCAAGGCUUAUAAGAAGUUUGGUCUCCCUCUUGAAAGGCUAGAGUGCAUAGCACGUGAUGCUGAGCUAGUGGAUAAGUCUGUGGCAGACCUGAAACGCCUGGGAGAGCUGAUUCAUAACAGUUGUGUGUCAGCAAUGCAGGAAUAUGAAGAGCAGCUGAAAGAAAAUGCUAGUGAAGGGAAAGGACCAGGCAAGAGAAGAGGCCCCACAAUCAAGAUCUCUGGGGUUCAGGUUAACGUAAAGUCCAUCAUCCAGCACGAGGAAGAGUUCGAAAUGCUGCAUAAAUCUAUCCCUGUGGACCCUGAGGAAAAAAAAAAAUACUGCUUAACCUGCCGGGUCAAAGCGGCACAUUUCGACGUCGAGUGGGGCGUGGAGGAUGAUUCUCGUUUGUUGCUUGGGAUCUAUGAACAUGGCUAUGGAAAUUGGGAGCUAAUUAAGACAGACCCAGAGCUAAAACUCACUGAUAAAAUUCUACCAGUGGAAACAGAUAAAAAGCCUCAGGGGAAGCAGUUGCAGACCCGGGUGGACUACUUGCUGAAGCUGCUCAGGAAGGGUCUGGAGAAGAAGGGCACUGUGACCAGCGGGGAGGAGACCAAACUAAAGAAGCGGAAGCCUCGAGUAAAGAAGGAAAACAAAGCCCCCAGGCAGAAGGAUGAGCAUGGGCUUGAGCUGUCGUCUCCUCGACACUCAGACAACCCAUCUGAAGAGGGAGAAGUGAAGGACGAUGGCUUAGAAAAAAGUCCAAUGAAAAAAAAGCAGAAGAAGAAAGAGAACAAGGAGAACAAAGAGAAACCAGUGAGUUCUCGGAAGGACAGGGAAGGAGACAAAGAAAGAAAGAAGUCCAAGGACAAGAAAGAGAAGGUUAAAGGUGGUGAUGCCAAGUCUUCAAGUAAAUCAAAGCGAUCUCAGGGUCCUGUCCACAUUACAGCAGGAAGUGAACCUAUUCCCAUUGGGGAGGAUGAAGAUGAUGAUCUGGACCAGGAAACCUUCAGCAUUUGUAAAGAGAGGAUGAGGCCUGUGAAGAAGGCACUGAAGCAGUUGGACAAACCUGACAAGGGACUCAAUGUGCAAGAACAGCUGGAGCACACCAGGAACUGCCUGCUGAAGAUUGGAGACCGCAUAGCCGAGUGCCUUAAAGCUUAUUCAGACCAGGAGCACAUCAAACUGUGGAGGAGGAACCUAUGGAUUUUUGUUUCCAAGUUUACAGAAUUUGAUGCACGAAAACUACAUAAGUUAUAUAAGAUGGCUCAUAAGAAAAGAUCUCAAGAAGAGGAGGAACAAAAGAAGAAAGAUGAUACGCUCGGUGGUAAGAAACCAUUUCGACCAGAGGCCUCUGGUUCCAGCCGGGAUUCUCUGAUGUCUCAGUCCCAUACCUCACACAACCUUCAUCCUCAGAAGCCUCAUUUGCCUGCCUCCCAUGGCCCACAGAUGCAUGGACAUCCAAGAGAUAACUACAGUCACCCCAACAAGAGACACUUUAGUAAUGCAGAUCGAGGAGACUGGCAAAGGGAAAGGAAGUUCAACUAUGGCGGUGGUAACAAUGCGCCCUGGAGCAGUGACCGGCACCAUCAGUAUGAGCAGCAGCACUGGUACAAGGAUCACCAUUAUGGUGACCGGAGACAUAUGGAUGCCCACCGUUCUGGAAGCUACCGACCUAACAACAUGUCCAGAAAGAGACCAUAUGAGCAGUACAGCAGUGACCGAGACCACCGGGGACACAGAGACUAUUAUGACAGGCACCAUCAUGACUCUAAACGGAGGAGAUCAGAUGAUUUUAGGCCCCAGAAUUACCACCAGCAGGAUUUUCGACGAAUGUCUGACCACAGACCCGCAAUGGGCUACCAUGGCCAGGGACCCUCAGACCAUUACCGCUCUUUCCACACAGACAAGUUGGGGGAAUACAAACAGCCCCUGCCCUCAUUACACGCUGCAGCCUCAGAUCCUCGCUCACCCCCUUCCCAGAAGUCUCCCCAUGACUCCAAGUCACCCUUGGAUCACAGGUCUCCUUUGGAGAGAUCGCUAGAACAGAAAAACAACCCAGACUAUAACUGGAAUGUUCGGAAAACAUAAAGGACAGCUCCGAAAGGGGCGCGAUCACGGGAGUCAUCAAGCACUUGGACUUUUUGGUCUGGUCCAACGGUGGCCAGUGGUCAGGCUAGCGAGUGGAGUUCUUGGAUACACUGCUGCUGAAUCCACUAACUUGGCGGCUGAAGGAGCACUUCAGGGAGUCGGAGGCCUUCAUCUGCUGCUUUGGUUUGGUCUCCACUCCUGCACUUUGGCACCCUGUCCCAUCCUAGCCUAUCGUGGCCUCCCACCUCCGUGGGUGCUGGGAGGAAGAGGUGACUUAUGUACCAGCUUCAUUGGGCUGCUUUCCCUGUGAAGGAAUCGGAGAUCUUGAGAGUCAGUGAAUGUUAUAUUCAGCAUGAGUGACCAGGGCAAGGACCUGCUGGACAGCGUGUGAUUGGUUCACUAUGACGUGAGGGUGCUGCUGAUGGGAAGUGGGAGGUCACAGGGUGGGUUUCACACUGCAAGACUUGAAAGGGGAGCACGUAUACCCCUCAGGUGUUUCUGGGAGAAGUGACACACUUGGUCUCAUUACGUGAAGUGGGGUGGGCAUAGAGAGACAGGAAACAACUUCCACCAUGGCGUCCCCCCUGCCAACACUAAUUCUUCCCGUACUAUCUCUGUACAUUUCAAAGGUUUGGUCUUCUGGUGGAGUCCAUUUUCCCUCUUUGUCAGGGAAAGUUGGAUCCCUCUGGCCAACUUUAGAGAACUGUGACAUUGGCGUCAUUGAUGCCACCGUGGGUCUUACUUGUUUGGGGGCAUGGGCUAAGUGGGUUUAGGGGUGGAGAUGGGGCUUUGGGGUAGUAUCACCAGGAAAUAGGAAUCCCUGGUGGGUUUCUGGUUCCUAUGUUGAGAAGGAGAGUCACAGGUCCUGAUGGUGGCCUGCUGAUGGGGUGCCUGCUGGUAAGCAGAUGGGGAGGGGUGGGGUUCCGAAAGUGGGCAUUGGUGGUGCCAGCAAGCAGGGAGCUUUCAGUAUUGGAGUGGGCCAGUGAUUGUACUUGCAUCUCGGUUCCUUUACACAGCUUGACGGGGAAGCCUAUACAAACCCAAACAUCUUGACAGUUGAGGUUCAGUCAGGGAAAAAUACCCGAGGGUUACAUUUCCAUUGCAAGUUAGGAUUCAGCAGCAUCAAACCCUCUUUCUUUGUGAUCUGUAGAGUAUAAACCUAAGUUAAUUUUCCCAACUCCCAAACAGCCAUGACCGGGGUGGCUGAGCUGUGAGAGGACAGGAGGCCUGUUGGGGUCAGGUUGGGUCAGGUUGGUGGGUUGCAUCAUUGAAUGGCUCUUCUCAGCGUAUGGAUAACUGGGUUGCGCCUUUGGUUUGACUCACUUUCAGUAUAGCUUACCAGUAUUGUUAAAGGUAUCCAAAGCCUUUCUAGAUGGACACAGGAAAGCUGACUUUAACCUAUAGAUGGUGUGGUGAGAGUCCAGGCUCAUUCUGAGUUGAUGAAAAGUCUUGUUUUGGAAUACGCAGGAUUCAGCUUUCUGAACUCCUUUGGGGAUGGGGUGGACCCAUCCUGGGCAGUACCAUUAAUGACUUUCCCAAGACAAGCUUGAAUUGUGUCUUUGAGUCCAUCGUCUGGCCAUGGCAUGGCUGUGGUGGGCCAUUGCUUCCGCUACUUAGAGCACCAUGGACCCGGCUGUACUGAGUCGGUCCCUGCAGCCAGUGCUCAAUAGACCGCCUUCUGGAUGCCUCAUGGCACCUGGUCCCUUACCCUGAUCUUGGGCAUGCACUGGAGUCCUCUGGCUGGAGUCUCCUGCCUGGUGGCCUGCCACGAUUUCCCACACAGUGAACAGUAAACCAGAGUUGGAGCUUCUUGCCGAUGGCAUCGACACUAAUAUUGGUUUGCUGGGCUCUUUGGUGCCCUGUGCAAGGUGGAGGCCUUGCCCUUCCACGCUUACCUAGGCCUUUUUCUCUUUCAACUUGUUGGUAGAAGAUUUAAGUUAUUCUCAAAGAUGUCUCAUCAUGAGGAAAAAGGAACUUCCUUUUGUUUCCUUCAGGACUAAAGUGCCAUAAUACGUAGCAAAAGGCAAUGUUGGCCAGAUCAGUGUUACAUUGAUUCUAGAUUGCAGUAUCUCCCAUCAGACAUCUGUGUAUCUGACGAGUGGGUUGGGAGAAAGGAGGCUUUCCUCUUGCUUUAAACCAGUAUGUGCACCAUACACUUACAGCAGCAGUCUGCUCAGGUGGGCGAGGCUGUCGGUGGAGUUCUGGUGGAGCCCAGCUUUGGGCAGCUCAUGGUUGAGGAAAGAGUGAGUGUUGCCAAGGCCUGAAGUACUGUGAUGCACCGUGACCCUAGACCACCAGGAAGGUGAUGUUUCUGCUGACCACGGUGUCCCCUCAUUGGCCAGCCUGCGGGAGCCCGACCCCCUGGUCCCUCCUCGGACUCUUGUGUAGUCAUUCCGUAAGCCCCGCAAAGGGAACGCAAACAUUUCUCACUGUGCUGCUGCUCUGACCUGGUGUGGCCGGCAGCUGCAUCAGGCUUUGCAGAGCAAAGGUGAUUCACUUACGUGUUCACACACACAGCAACACUGAAAUCUUAUAGACCAAAACCCACAUGUCAGCAGGAGCCGUGUCCAGGCCCAGCACCUGUGGUCUUGUCGCUCAUCUGAGGCCAGCUGUGUCAGGUGAAGAGAGUCAUGCCAAGGGUCCAGGCUGCUUUAGUCCAUCUGUCCCUACUCAUUUGGGGACAGGUGGUUUUUCUUGUAAACUUGUGGACUUUUGAAACCUGUUGACUAAACAGUAAUUAAUUUAUAUUUGUGAAAAAUGCCACUGUCCUAGUGAUUUCUGAUGUAAAUAAUGUUGUUUAUAUAGUAUGUAUUAAAUUUUCCUACAUUGUAAAACUGCUGUACUUUUGAUUCUUGUAUAUUAAAAAGCGUUACUAAGGA